AUGCCUCUAUUCCAGCCUCCAGUCACACCCCUCCCCGACGGCAUUAACCUCGCCGGCCAGACAGCGAUAGUAACAGGCGCAACAUCAGGCAUCGGCCUCGCACUAGCCCGCCAACUCCUCUCCCUCGGCGCAUCCCCCGUCGUCCUCGCCGUCCGCGACGUGCCCAAGGGCGAAGCAGUACGACAAACACUCCUCUCCGACCCAACCGUCCUCUCCCGCCACCAGAACCCCGUCGUGGAGGUGAUGAAGCUCGACGCAGAAGACUACGCCAGCGUCAAGACUUUCACGGAAACAUUCAAGGCGAAGUACACGCAUCUCCACAUCGCAAUGCUCAACGCCGGCGUGCCGGGUCUACGACGCCGCGUGGCGCCCACGGGCCACGAAGCGACCGUACAGGUGAAUUAUCUCUCCAACGUGCUGCUUACACUCGAGUUACUCCCCGUGUUGGAGGCUACGGCGCGCGAGACGGGGAGGGCUGGAAGGAUUGCUUGGACAGGGAGCCGGAUGGUUGAGAAGACGAGUCUGGCGGGGAAGACGACGGUUCCAGAGGGGGGAUCUCUUCUCGGGCACCUUGAUGAUGAGGCGAAUUUCGUUGGUAUGGCGCGGUAUGCGGAUAGUAAGCUGCUCGGAUUCCUGUUUCUGCGGGAGCUAGCGAGGCAUUAUGGUGCUGGUGCUGCUGAAGAAGAAGGGAAACGGCAGCAGCAGCGGGUUAUUGUCAACGCCUUUUGUCCCGGGAUGGUGGAUACGAAUAUGAGCAACGUUCUCCCCCAGCCGUUCCGCCUCAUCGCUGACGCCGUGAAGGCUGUGAGGGCGAGGAGGCCGGAGGUGGCUGGGUGGGUUGGGCUUCAUGCUGUUGCUGUCGCGGGCGGAGAGACGCAUGGAAAGACGUUGGGGGAUAAAGAGAUUUGGGAACCAGAGGGCUUCGCUGUUUCGGAUGAGAGUUGGAGGUUGCAGAGGAUGUUGUGGGAUGAGACUGUUGAUGAGAUGAAGAGGUUGACGAGUGUUCCUGAGUGGAUGGGCAAGGUUGGGAAUUGA